UCUUUCUUUCCCCUCUCUCCUCUCCUCUGUAUCCUCGCCUACUCUCCUCCUCCUCCUCUCUCCUCCUUCCUCCCUUCUUCUCGGUAAACAGAAUCAGUUCUGCUGUUGUCUCUCUGUGUUUUUCUUCCUCUCUCAGUUAACUGACGUCGUGUGUCGUAGUGCGCAGCCGCAGACACACCGGUGCGACGCGGCGUGGAGACAGAAGUAACGCACAGCAGAAGCGGUGGUGCGUCGGGUGGAUCCUGCAGAGGGCUUGCAGCAUCCUGACGUGGAUCCAUGAAAGAGAAAACAUCCGUCACGAUGUAAACGUUAUAUUCUUCAAUGGAGCUUCGUCUCCCGCUGCGCGUGCCCGCGGUGUAUCCCCGAACAUGAUGAGACGGAGCUGCUGCGGGCGGAGGGUGUGAGUCCUGACCGGAGAAGAGCCUCCCGCAGCGGAUGAUGUGUUUUUACUGCCCGCCGUCCUCCCUCCUCUCCCGGUUAACGUCGUGCUGAAGAAGCCCGACACAGUAUUCCCUCUUUUUUUCUCAGCAGACGGAAGCAGACCCGAUCCAAGAUGAAAUUUCCAACCGAAAAUCCGAGAAAACCAGGGACCGUGAACCCCCCACCAGUGGCUGUCCAGGCCAACAUGGUCCCCCCUAAGAAGGUCCAGGCGGGCAUGCUUCAGUCAUGUCUGGUUCAGGCCAGCGUGGCCACCAUGCAGAACCCGAUGGGAUGCACCGUGCCGCGGCUCUCCGUUUCCUCGCGCCCCCCCAGCAUGGUGGCCAGCAUGGAGGCGGUGGCAGACGGCUCGGCGCCCUUCACCAUGAUGAAGCUGAAGACGGUGCUGGCGGUGUUCGUAGUGGUGGUGGUCUACCUGGUGGGGGGAGGGCUGGUGUUUCGGGCACUCGAGCAGCCCUUUGAAAACAACCAGAAGAUCACCAUCACGGCAGAGAAGGCCGCCUUCCUCCACAAACACCCGUGUGUGUCCCCCGAAGAGCUGGAGGCUAUUAUCAAGCACUCUGUGGACGCUGUGAAUGCUGGCGUGAGUCCCAUUGGUGACACGUCCUAUAACUCGAGCCACUGGGACCUUGGCAGCUCUUUCUUCUUCGCCGGGACGGUCAUCACAACUAUAGGUUAUGGAAACAUAGCUCCCAGCACAGAGGGGGGAAAGAUCUUCUGCAUCCUUUACGCCAUAUUUGGGAUUCCUCUGUUUGGCUUCCUGUUGGCGGGCGUUGGAGAUCAGCUGGGAACCAUUUUUGUAAAGAGCAUCGCCAAAGUGGAGAAAAUGUUUAGGAAUAAACAUAACCAGAUCAGCCAGACUAAGAUUCGUGUGGCCUCCACCCUCCUCUUCAUCCUGGCGGGCUGCAUCCUCUUCGUCACCAUCCCAGCAGUGAUCUUCAAACACAUCGAGGGCUGGUCAGCGCUCGAGUCCACGUACUUCGUCGUCAUCACGCUGACGACUGUUGGAAUCGGAGACUACGUGGCAGGGGGCGACCGUCGCAUUGAGUACAGGCAGUGGUACCGUCCUCUGGUCUGGUUCUGGAUCCUGGGGGGUCUGGCCUACUUUGCUGCGGUGCUGAACAUGAUCGGAGACUGGCUGAGGGUUCUGUCCAAGAAGACGAAGGAGGAGGUCGGGGAGAUCAAAGCUCACGCUGCAGAGUGGAAAGCUAACGUUCGAGCAGAGUUCAGAGAGACGCGGCGGCGAAUGAGUGUGGAGGUCCACGACAAGCUGCAGCGAGCCGCCACCAUCCGCAGCAUGGAGCGACGGCAGCUGGGACUCGACCAGCGCGCCGUGUCGCUCGACAUGUUGUCCCCGGAGCGCCGCGCCCUCUUCAACAGCCUGGACACCAACAGCUACAAGAACUCCUCCCAGGAGAGCAUCGACACCAAGCUCAACAACCUCCGCCUGCGUGGGGCAGAGCACUGCGACCGCCGCUCCGACCACCAGACCACAUCCGAGGACAACAUCUUCAACCGGCUGGGCUCCGUCACCAAACUCGCCAAACGCAGCCGGAACAGAGAGCUGAAGAAGAACAUCCCCAACGAGGCACGCCGGCCACACAGCGAGGCCUUCGGCUGCGGCACGCCCACUUUCGACUGCAGCACGCCGACCGCAGAAGAAGAAGGGAAGAGGAAGGAGGAAGGAGAGGAGGAGACAGAAGACAAGGAGUGCAACACGAGCUUGUCUGAUUUCCCGCUGUUUGUGGAGGCUUGUAAAGCGCAGAACGGGUUCAACAUGGAGACCAAAGAGCCUGAGAGCGAGAAAACCCUGCAGAUGGAGAUGGACCCGUAGACAGAGAGAGAGGUUUGAGACUCACCCAUCAGUGCCUUAUCUUACUUACUCAUUUGUGAUUAACAGGGACAACGACUGUCCUCGUGUGCUGUAGACUGUAACACCACACACUCACUGUGCUUUAUGAACCUAACACACAAUGUUCUCACAGACCUGGACCUGAUUCAAAAGAUAACAGAGGUUUGGGUCUCAGUUUUUCUGCUCGGUCAUCAUUUCUCUCCGUGGUGAAAGGUACUUCAUGAAAGUUCUGAUAUUCAGGUUUUAGUUUACAGACGUAGGUUUGUCUUAAUGCUCAGUUUGACACCCUCAUGAACACUUCCUGUUUCCUGUAAGCCUGCAGAGACAAACUAAGAGCUGGCCUGUCUGUUUGAUGACAUCAUCACUUAUUUACCAAUCACGAAGAUGAACCUAUCAGUGAAUCAGCUGAUGGCGUUGACCUUUGACCCUUUAUAAAUAAUCUGUGUGGAAGAGGGUUCAGGUUUCAGUCUCUUGAUUUGAUACACACUGUGGUCGUUGGUGAUCAUUGUGUUCUCGGCGGAAACACACACACACACACAGACACACAGACAUACACCCACACACACACAGAUACCUCUUUUCGGCCAACGCGAACCUGGUUGUAUUUCCGGGCUGGUGCUCGCGCUGGUUCAGAGCUGGUUGAACUAGUGAACCAACACGGCACCUGUUUGUUUUUCCGCCCGUUCGAGCCCUUGGAAGAGGCACGUCAUCACGUCAGUUUUACGUGACCGCUUUUCCCAGCAGCGCUAGAGCCAACUUUCCCUCACAACAACAACGAUGGCGGACAACGGCAGCUUGUCUCCUCGGCCGACCACUGCUUUGCCUUGGAAUCCAUUAGUCUCUUUUAUUUUUUAUCGGUCCGAUCCCGGACCACAGCUGUCCAUGACAGAAAUUGACUUACUUGAUUUCAGCACAACUUUUUAAAUUGUGGUUUGUAACCUGUUUGGGCUCAGCAUUACACACACACACACACACACUCAAUCAUAUAUAUAUAAUGUAUAUGUAGUGUGUGCGUGUGCAUGCGGGCACUGACAAAAUUGGGUCCUAACUUAAGAGUUUACCCACCUCUCAAGGGACCACUACACCACUGCUUCUAAUGUAAAAGCACUUUGAGUUGUCAGAAGACCAGAGGAAGCCCUGUCUAACACAGGCCAUUGAAUAAGUGUAAAACAGCAACAGUGACAUCUAGUGGUGAAAUUCAACAACUACAACAUCUGUUAACUUAGCUGUAUCCUGUUCCACUGCAGAUGAAAUCCUCUCCGCUUGUGAAAAAGGAAAUUGUGCGUACAGAUCAGAGUCAUCAGGUGUUCUUAAUUUGAUGAGGAGAGCACCUCUGCGCCUCCUCCUCUUCAAGUCAUCACACCUUUCUAAACAAUGCCCCAUGGAGGACUUUACACCUAUUCAGAGCUGGGUGUAAGAUCUGAGCUGUAACAAUGCUUACAUAGAAACUAUCUCUGCAGGUGCAACCCUUUAAACAUGAGCAGAGUGUAAACCUCAGCCAUUUGAACUAACACUGAGCUGGUGAAACCCAGUACAGGACUUUAUGUUUGUUUUGUAUUGUGGUUUGUUUUCUCAGGUUUGAGGAACAGUCUGUUUGUGUGUCCCACAUUAUCAUCACUGAUAUGAAAUGAUGGCCGUGCUUCCAGGAAACUGGACCCAAGUUGAAAUAGAUGUGAGAUGUGUUUGCUGUCAGUCUGGAAAGUUUGAACCUUCAUUAAUGAGGGUUUGAAGGCUGAACAAAGAAAACUUUGAGAAAAGCAGAACAUUAUCAAAACUUGAUGUUUCACAUUUAAUGGAUGCCAAAGAGUUGAUCGGUAAGAGUCAGAUGAGUUCUGAUACUGAGACUCCAUUGUGGCUCAAAAAAAAAAUUAUGAAGAGCAGAAAAGAAACAUGCGAUGUAAACACUUCAUGUCCGUCUCUGUCGUCAUGCUUCAUAAGGAAACUCUAAAUGUGAAUGUGGUAAAACAUGCCUCAUGUUGUCUGUGCAUGGUCCCCGUCAUACCUGCAUCACGUGGCCUCAUUAAACUCUAUCUCAGGGCUCGUUGUCCUCGUGUUUGUCAUCUGUCUGUGCUGCAUUCACACUCUGAGAGGACAAUGAUGCUUGUGUUCUUCAAAAACUGAUGACAGGAUGAAGUAAAGCCAUAAGAGGAGGGAAGUGUUGCACUGAUUAUGUUCAGUGAUGGAUGAGCUGGUAAAGCUGUCUGCUGUCACUAUGAAGGUUUAUUAUGGACCUCUGCUCAGACUUGACUCCAGCAUCACCACAGACCCACACACGGAGGUUUGAUCACCUGGAGCAUUCUGGGAAAUACUAACUUGAAAAAAAUCACAAGUCAGCAGACUCUAAAGAUCCUGGAUGGAUGCCUGAUUGGCUGAGACACCUGUCAAUCAAAGUACCUUUAAUCCCUCUGAUGGACAUGAAAGAGAAGAGACCAAACUUCAUGUAAGGUUUGGACUUCUUCACUGGAAUAAUGUGAAUGUUGAGAUGUCUCACAGAGAUCACCUAGUGGCCAUCAGUGGAACGGCAUGUUGACAACUUUCAGCCAUGUUGGCUGCCUGAGUGACAGAUCCAAACAUUUCAUCAGGACAGAAGGGACAGCACAUGAAUCUAAAUGUAAACUGUGCCCCUGAUUGUAUUGAGUGAUACUACUCUCCGUGUUUCUCACACACAUGAAUGUCACACUGUCUGUGCAAAAAUACACACUUAUUGUCUGUGUAUGAACACACACGCUGUGUAUACACACUUACUGUCUGCCAGAUCACAAAGUGAAGCUUCAGCAGGACUACAUGUGUUUUAAAAACACUGCUAAGAACUACAAACAUGUCGGCGCUUAAAGAAACAGAUGUGUUAUAAAAAAGGCAUGCUCUACUGCUUCAAUAUUACACAUGUUUAUGGUGUUGAAUGUAAACAAACACACGCUGCAGGGGACAAGGACGAUCAGAACAAUAUCUAUGAUGAAGAUGAGGAUGAAGAUGCUCAACAUGUUUUCCUACCUGCCUGUGUUCACACAUACACACACACUCUGCACAUGCUCAGUACGCUGCUCACAGUGUCAUUACAUUAGUUGUAGUGAUUGCCUUUUAAAAUAAAGAUCAC